AUGGGGGGGAAAAAAGGAGAGCAGAAGAGAAGUGCAAGUCCAACCUGGCCCAGCCCAGCCCAGACCAAGGAAGUGACCAGUGACCUUUGUACUGGACACACGCACUGUUUGGCUGCAGCCACUCAGAUAUCCUCUAGUAUCAUCUCCUCAUCUCUUGUAUCUGCAGUUGAUGUUUCCUCUUCUUCUCUGACCAUGUCAGAAAAUUUCCAAAAUCCAUCUGUACUUGGAACUCUGAAUUCUCUGCAGCUCUCUCUUCCUGUGGUGAGCAAUGCAGCUUCCCUAUCAGGAAGUGUCUGCAACUUCUCCAGAGUCUCUGCUCCUGCCGUCAGUUCAGCAUGGCUACUGCCAUCAGCCUCUGGCACCUCUUUCCAGCCACUCAUGGGUAAUGCCUACCUUUACCAACAUUCUAGCACAACUAUGUUAUCUGGAGUUACUGGCCAGAGCAAGAUCUCCAAUUCAACUUCUUCCUAUCCAGAUAUAUUUGAGUGGGACAUUACAGGAAACAUUGAAAAGAAGUCUUCUUCACUUGGAGACUUCACUCUGACAGUCAUUGACCAGCACACAGCUGUUCCCUCCAUGUCUAUGGCAGCCCAGUAUGAUAAAACUUCAGACACCAAUAACAUGGUACCUCUACAACCAUCACUUUCUGCCAGCCUUGUUCAGGGAACACCAUCUCAGAUCCCGAAUCAGGGACAUAGCCUGUUGCUUCCCUACCAGGAGGGGAACCAGGUAUAUUACUAUAACCAAGGCAUAUUGGGGCCUUUGCUGUCUGCAGAACUUGGCCCCUUCAUGCAAUCCUAUGGCUCUGUGUCAUACCCUGGAAAGAGAGCCUCUGCCCAACCAGAAAUGGUAAUGGUACUAAAGGAGGUUCAGCCCACAAAUAUCCUACCACCAGCUUCCACCUCUGGAAUCUACUACUCUGUGUCUGCUCAACCCACCACAGAAACAAGUUUUCAAGUGAUGGAGACUUCCCUGGGAAUGGAAAAUUCCCUGGGAUUGCAAGCUCCAAGCCAGACAUUUUGUCUAUCACAAAGUCGAGAACUCCCCAAGUCCUGCAGUAAUGGAAAUAUCCAGAUACUUGAGAAUAACCCACCACCCAAACUUGGGGACGUUUCAGUGAUAGCUCCAGUCCAGAGUGCCAGUAAUCUCCUGGCACUGCCUCCAGCUCCAAGUCAGGAACAAACAGAGAAUAAGAACUUAGAUGAUAUUAAAACCAAGUUUUCAAAGCCUCUGGAUGCCUACCAGAUCCCAAUAGAAAACCAAGAUCCUCCACUACUCCCUUUAGAAAUUCCUGAUAUUCACCAGCUUCUGUCCUGCAUUGAUCCCCUCAGCCAAGAGGAACAGCCUAGUUCUAAGAAGGCUGAUCUGGGAAAGAAUAGCCUGAGUCUUGAGGACCUAGGAAUGCUUGAAAAUGGGAUUGAAUCUAGCAGUGAUUUUGCAGACAUUGCUGCACUGGUGGAGGAUAUUCACCUUCCCCAGCUAUUUAAUUCUUUGAAAGACCUUGAUCAAUCCAAAGGUCCCGAGGUGAUCAAUGCCAAAGAUACCAUAGCCAUUAAGGUGAAUCAGGUGCAGGAAAAGCCAAGGGUCACAAAGGCCAAUCAACCCAGGAAGAAUAAACAUAAAGCCUCUGAGCCUAUCGAUGGUGCUCCCAAGGCCAAAAUCCAGCCGAAGAACCCAGAGUGCCUGUUAGGGGGAGAAGUGGUUAUAUGCGAUGCUGCAGUCAGUGACAGGGCUCCUGUGAACACAGCCAAGCAUUCUAGCAGCAAACCUCAAAAAGCUACAUCCAGCAGGACCAGCAAAACUAAGAGCCAUGGGCAGGAAAAGACCAAAAUGACCAGAGAAAACAAGAAGGCUGAAGAGAAUAAGCAGUCAGGGAAAAAAGUCAAGACAGAAGAGAAGCCAACUAUUCCCAAGGUGAAGCGAAAGAAAAACCAACCUGAUUUUAGCCAAGAGAACUUUAAAAAGCCUCGAAGCUGCCUAGGCAUGCACAUGCUGGAGUCUGUGCAGGUUUUUCAUGCACUGGGGAAGAAGACUGAUAAGAAAACUGGACUCUCUUCCUGUCGGGUCCUGGGAAAUUCAAGCAACCCUAAAGACCGCCAGCCACCCCUAGCUAUAAAGCCAUGGCUGGAUAUCCAACGUGAGGGUAAAGGGCCUGAGAAAACUCAAGUCAAAGCCCAGAAACCAGAUGGCAGUGCUGAAAAAGAGUGUCCAUCUCCAUCCCAGUAUGAGCUGCCUCCUCCUGGGAAGGUCAAGUUGGUACCUUUGCCUUUUCCAACUUUGGACAAGCCUCAAGCUCGACCUGCUCCUUGGAGGCCACAGUCUCUGGCCUCACAUCGGCCUGCUGUGGCUUACCCUGCCCGGCCUGGUUCUAGUAACUCAGCUCAACCUGCGGCAGUCAAUUCAUCCCAGCCAGCUCCUGCAUCUUUGCCAGGUCCUGCCAAACCAGUUCGGCCAACUGUGACCAAUCUGACCCGACCGGGUUUGACCAAUCCUACCCGGCCUAGUGUCCCUCCGUCUGCUGCUCCUAGGCCUGCACCCUACAAAACUUCAUCUUGCACUUCUCUCCAGCAGGAGCCCAUUCCUCCUGCUGUGACCAAGCACCAGUCCCCACCCAAGCCUCAAAACCAAUUUCUACUCCAAGACUUCCGCUUCCAACCAAUUCCAUGGAGGAAACCCAAUGUUCCUGAGCCAGUAAUGUCAAAGCCCAUCACAAAAGAGCAGAGGCCAGAGCGGGAGGCCAUGAAGAGGCAGGCUCAACAAGCACGUGAGAAUGCUGCCAAAUACACCUCUUUGGGGAAAGUGCAAUAUUUCAUUGAAAAGGAAGAAGAUAUGGAAAUUGCUCAAUACUAUGGAUAUGCAAUGUAA